AUGAAGUCUCGUAUUGGUAGACCGGACAUGAACGAGUUGCUUGAUGCAGAUUUGCAGUUAGUGUCACCUGUAGGCUCUCGUGUUGCUGGUGGUAGUGGUAGUGAUAGUUCAGCAGUAGAUGGUGAUCAUGAGAGCAGUUCUGAUGAAUCUGAGUGGGGUACUGUCGGAGGAAAUUUCCGAAUUGAAGAUGUCAUGAAAGGUGAAUCUGAUGUUGACAUGACGGCUGAAGAAGACAAAACAGAAGAAAAACUGUUAUAUGUCCCAGAACCAGUUAUAUCCUUAAGUUGUGUGCGAAAACCACUUGUACCACGUUUGCCUAUUGAAGACCUUCCUGUUGGAACUAAUGUGUGGGUAGUGGAUGAAGAAGAUGUUCAGUUGCUUUUACGAGAACAUUGGGAUGAGUCUUAUCGUGCUGUAUGUAAUGGUCGAAUAUCUGGUACCGUUGUGCGACAUUCAAAUAAUGUGACGCUUGUACGCUUUUAUAAUGAGCAACUCGAUAUGGAUUACAGUUUAAGUCUACCACGUGCUUGUUUAUCAGAUGUACCUAUUGAUGCCUAUUCUUCUUCACCACAUGGUAGUAGCUAUAUGGUUACUUCUUUUUUCGGUCUUGGUAAUCUUGGUCCUCGAGCUGGACGUAGCCAUGAUAACACUACUACAUGUACACUGGAUAAACAAUACUAUGAAUCUCUAUCAUUUAUGGAAGUUCAUAUAUCUCCUAAUCUACCACAAUUGGGUGUAGCAAACGAACGUUUUAUCGCAGGAGCGUAUGAAGACGCAAUCUCAUUACUUGAUAAACUUGAUGAUGAAACGCAACAUAAAAUGGUAGAUGUUUUGGUAUUGCGUUCUCGUACAAAUAUAUUUUUGGGACGCUAUGAAGAAGCUCUUAAAGAUGCGUUGAAAAUAAUUGAAUUGGAUCCUAGUUGGGUAAAAGGUUAUGUUGCUGCCGCACGUGCAUUAAGUGGUUUGGGUAAUUUUGAAGAAGCUGGUACGCAGAUAAAUCAAGCCAUGUUAUUACUUCCUCAUAGUCGAGAAUUGCGAAGAAUAGGGGAACUCGACAUUUUUUUAUGUAAUCUUGAAAUGAGUUUACCUAAAAAUGAGUUGAAACUUUCUCUAGAUGCUUAUUAUGCAAAACAACUUUUAACAUGUCGUCAAUAUAAAAAAUUUGAUACUAUAUAUGACGAGAAUUGGAUUCUUCUUGCGAUGGAAUCCAUCGUUUCAGAACCUUCAGAACGUUGUUGUGUAUGUCUAAAACCUUCUAAAGAAAUGAUGCGUGUUCCUAUAGAUUUAAUUGGUAAUGCAAGCGUAAAAUUAGCGUGUUACUGUAGUGUGGAAUGUCAGCAACGAUCUUCUCUCUUUUUUGCUAUGGAACUUGGACGUCAUCGUCUUGCCGUAGAACGUGCACGAGACCUUAUCUCUUCUACAUUUACAUUACGUGUAUGUCAAACACCACUUGAUUUAGCUUAUAUGACUACACGUUUAUUUGCUAUGAUUUGUGUCACACAUGAUCGACUUUCUGUUCAACGUCGCUGUCAUCGGAGGGCGAAUGAAAGCGGCAAUUCCAAAAUUUCUUUUGAAGAAGGAAGUCAAAGUUUUAACUCCGAACGAGAUAGUGUGGUUCCGCUACAGACAGCACUUAAACAUCUUGGUGUUUAUCCACUCGUCACAGAUCGUCUGAGUGGACGUGGACGAGAGGAAAUGCGUGUAGUGUAUGACACUUUUACUGCGUUUUUCACAGAAGAGGAAAAACAAAUGUACUCAUUAACCCUCUUCUAUGCUCUUUAUGAGUACGUGCGAACAUUUGCUAUUUGCUUGAGUGGGCGUAAAAAGGACAACAAGAUGUACUUUUUACCGAAACUCGUAGGAGCAGUACGCCGUGUAGCUCCCAACCAGGCGAACUGCACAGUUGUACUAUGUGAGGAUGGAGGGGAAGCACCACACAUCAAACUCGUUGCUUCACGUGAUAUUGCUUCUGGUGAGAUGCUUUCUAUACCUGCAUUGGAUAUGUCCUCAUUUUAG